UCUUUUAUUCUGGAACCUUUCCCAAUGCAGUAAAAUUCUAUAACUCUGACUAGCGUGGCAAUACAGGAACCGUGAGGACUACCUAGCUAUCGAACAGUGCUUUGGCCUGCGCUGAGGUGCGGACUAGGGCAUCAGACGAGGAAAAACGCUUCGUUUCUGUUGGUCUUGAACAGCAGUCGCCGGAGUUAUUCUUCUAGUGAGGCACCCUCGGAAACGCGGGUCUGCAGGCAUGUUGAACAUGAUCCUUACACAGCAGGAAGCUGCUGUGCGGGAUGGCCAAAUUGCGCAACUCAGAGAGUGCAAAGUGUUGGCAGAGGAGGAGGUCGUAGAGCUCGCGGCUAAGUGCAAGGAGUUGCUGCAGCAGGAGCAGAACGUUACACAUGUGCGAGCACCAGUGGUGGUUGUGGGGGAUACGCAUGGGCAGUUCCACGACCUGAUGGAGAUUUUCAAGAUUGCUGGUCAGGCACCGGACGCAAACUAUCUGUUUCUGGGAGACUACGUCGACCGCGGUUAUUACUCUGUAGAAACGGUGUGCACGGUCAUUGCGUUAAAGGUGCGCUACCCCAGCCGCAUUGUUAUGAUCCGUGGCAACCACGAGAGCCGCCAGAUUACCCAGGUCUACGGCUUCUACGAGGAGUGCCUUCGCAAAUAUGGCAGCGCCAAGGUCUGGCAGGUUCUAACGGAUUUAUUCGAUUAUCUUCCGCUGGCCGCUGUUAUUGAGAACCAACUGUUCUGCCCUCACGCUGGCCUGUCGCCGUCGAUGGACACGCUCGACCAAAUCAAUCAAAUACAUCGCUUUGAGGAGGUUCCGCACGAGGGUCCUAUGUGCGACCUUCUAUGGUCGGACCCCGACGACCGUAUGGGCUGGGGCAUAUCGCCGCGCGGCGCUGGCUACACGUACGGGCAGGACAUUUCAGAGCACUUCAACCACGUGAACGGCUUGAAGUUCAUCAUUCGCGCGCACCAGCUCGUUUCGGAAGGCUUCUUGUGGCAGCACGAGGGUGCGGUUGUGACCGUCUUCAGCGCGCCAAAUUACUGCUACCGGUGCGGGAAUAAGGCAGCCAUCGUUGAUAUUGACGAGAACAUGAACCACAAAAUUAUUCAGUUCGACCAUGCGCCGCCGAAGGGCGCGGGAAUAACGGAGGUGAAGCGCUCAGUUCCUGACUACUUCCUGUGAGCGGGUGACGGCCCCUGUGUGUGAGAUGGGCGUGGGGGUGGAAUGGGUGAGUGGACGGCGUGCCAUUGCGCGCCGUGGGGGCAUCCCUGCACGCCCUUGUUGGAGGAAGAGUUGUGAUUUGCAAGUCAGGAUCCGUACUUGGAUUGCGAUCUGUGGCAAGGGCUUUCUGGUGGGCGUCACCGUGUGCGUGCUGCAUGUGCGGUGCUAGCAGGUGGGCGGUGGCACCGUGCGCGUGCAUGUCGAUGAGUGCUUACGCGUGUAUUAAGAGACUUGGACAGGUGCUUCGGUCAUGGCGCUUUUGCACAUGACUGGCGGGUCCCCAGACAAUGUUUUCUUGGGCUGGUUAGUACGUGGACCUGCACAUUCUUUUUCGUCGGGCGGUAGUUUGGUGGUGUCAGUCGUUGUGCUCUGGGUAACAUUAGGGGGUAACAGCUGACAUCAUCAUUGGUUGAGGCGCACUUACGUUGGUGUGCUCCUAUGUACAUGAACUCUUGUAUUGACGACUGCUGCCGGCUAGGCAGCUGCGAGUCAGGCAUGGGCCUACACGUGAUGCCUGAUGCUUGCAGUCGCUGCUUCGACGAAUGCGCGGCGCUUUCAACCUACUGAAAGGC